AUGGCUUUCCCUCAGUUAUUAGUAGGCAAGGUUGCUGCCAUCACUGGUGGUCUAACAGGCAUUGGCAGGGCAAUUGCCCUUGACUAUAUCCGUCAUGGAGCGAAAGUAUCAAUCAGUCACCUGGGCGGCGAGAAAGAGGCAGCUUUGAUUGAAGAAUUACACAAAGACGUGAAAGAUAUUGAUGCCGAAGCAAUCUCCCGCUUCAUUACCAUACCAGGUGACAUUUCCCAGCCAGAAACGGGCCAGAACUUUGUCGCAAAGACCGUCGAGGUCUUUGGCCGACUAGACGUCUUCGUCAGCAAUGCAGGCGUAUGUCGAUUUGCUGAGUUCCUUGAGCUCGAGCCCUCUCUCCUAAACCACACUGUAUCAACCAACCUCUCAGGUGCAUUUUUCGCAACCCAAGCCGCAGCUCGCCAAAUGGCCCUCACACAGUCACCACCCGGUGGGUCCAUAAUCGGUGUGAGCUCGAUCUCCGCACUUGUUGGCGGCGCCCAACAAACUCAUUACACACCCACCAAGGCAGGUGUCCUAAGUCUCAUGCAGUCGUGUGCCUGUGCGCUUGGAAAGUAUGGGAUUCGCUGCAAUGCACUGCUGCCUGGCACAAUUCGCACACAAUUGAAUGAGGAGGAUAUGAAGGAUCCCGUCAAGAGGGAGUACAUGGAGGGUCGCAUCCCACUUGGCCGGCUUGGCCAGCCUAAGGAUCUGGCCGGUCCGGCUGUUUUCUUGGCCUGCGAGGAGCUGAGCUCUUAUGUGACUGGUGCGCAGCUUCUGGUGGACGGGGGUCUUUUCGUCAAUCUACAGUGA